AUGAUCAGGUGGGCCGUGCUGCUGUCCGUGAGUCUGAACAUCAUCUCAGCGACGUUUGAUUACAUUUAUGAGGCUCAUUCUUUGAUGGACCCGGACGAUGUUCUGAGUGUCAGCAUCCCUCUGGAGGAACCACAGCGUCCUCUGCUGGGAGCAACAAUUGUACUACCCUGCUACUUUGAGGACCACACAGUCCCAGAUCCCGGAGCUCCAACCAUCGCUCCUCUUUCUCAUCGCAUCAAAUGGAGCCACAUCACCAAGGAAAACGUCACGACUGUCCUCGUGGCCUUGGAGGGGGAGGUGCUCAUCGGAGAAAACUACCUGGACAGAGUUCACCUGCUGGGAUACCCCAACACCCCGACCGACGCCAGCAUCAAGAUAUCUGAGCUGCGACACAGUGACACUGGAGUUUAUCGCUGUGAAGUUCAACACGGCAUCGAGGACAACCACGACAACGUCCACGUACAGGUUCAAGGUAUUGUGUUCCACUACCGGGCCAUUAUGGGUCGCUACAGUCUGACUUUUGAGAAGGCAAAGGCAGCUUGUGCUCAGAACAACGCGGUCGUGGCUUCACCUGAACAGCUCCAAGCAGCCUACGAUGAUGGUUUCCACCAGUGUGACGCCGGCUGGCUCUCUGACGAAACAGUCAGGUAUCCAAUCCAUGACCCUCGUGUGAAUUGCUACGGUGAUAAAGAAGAACUUCCAGGUGUCAGGACCUACGGCGUCAGAGACGUCAAUGAGACUUACGAUGUUUACUGUUUCGCUGAGAAGAUGACAGGUAAAGUUUUCCACACCACUACUGCUGAGAAGUUCACCUUCUCUGAGGCAGUGGCGGCAUGUCUUAGUAAGGGAGCCCAGCUUGCUACGACCGGUCAGCUGUACCUGGCCUGGCAGGGAGGGAUGGACGUCUGCAACGCCGGCUGGCUGGGAGACAGAAGCGUCCGAUAUCCCAUCAACAUCCGUCGGCCGCAGUGUGGAGGAGGUCUGCUGGGGGUCCGAACUGUUUACCGCAACACAGACCAGACAGGAUUCCCAUUUCCUGAGUCCCGCUAUGACGCCUUCUGCUACACAGAGUCUCCUGAUGAAGAGGGUUCAGGCAUCAUCGAGGAGGGAAGCGGUAUUCUGAGUGUUACCACGGUGACUCGAAGCCCUGAGGUGUUCUUCAUGAGGACGACCACAGAGAGCGAGGCGAUCGGGGAAGUGGAGACUCGGCAGCCCACCAAUGUGGACUUCAUCUACACCGAGAGCCCCACUGAGCUGCCACUACCUCAGCCGCCCAGCAUCACUGACCUGAUCGAGGCCAUCACUGCUCGGCCGGAUGUGGGCAGGGAACCCAGCAAAGGCUUUGAGAUGCCUUUAACUAGUGUGGUCUUCCUUUACCGGUCAGGUGUCGGCCGCUAUGCCUUCACUUUUGUUGAUGCCCAGCUGGCCUGUCAGAGCAUCGGAGGCUCCAUCGCUACUCCACAGCAGCUUCAGGCAGCUUAUGAGGCUGGAUUUCACCAGUGUGAUGCGGGCUGGCUACUGGACCAGACUGUGAGGUAUCCCGUUGUUUUCCCUCGAGAUGGAUGCACUGGAGAUCUGGGAAAUAAACCUGGAAUUCGGUCUUACGGUCUGAGGCCUGCGGACGAGUUGUAUGAUGUGUACUGCUACAUCGAGGGGCUCAGAGGAGAGGUUUUCCAUGUGGGGUCUGAAGAGGGUUUCACCUACGAUGAGGCUGCUUCCAGUUGUCUGGAGCAGAAUGCUGUCCUGGCUUCCACAGGAGAUCUCUACGCCGCCUGGAAAAUGGGUUUCGAUAAGUGCCGUGCAGGCUGGCUGGUGGAUCGUAGUGUCCGUUAUCCCAUUAACAAGCCUCGUGCUCAGUGUGGAGCUGGAAAAGCUGGAGUGCACACAAUCUAUGCAGACCAGAACCAGACAGGCUAUCCAAAGCCUGAUGCCAAAUUUGAUGCAUAUUGUUUCAGAGCGAACAUCCAACUUAUUGCAAAUGAAACUGGACUGAACGUCACAGAUAUCGAGGAGGCUCUAGUAAACCUGACGUCAAUUACUGAUUUGCUAAGGCCUGCUGUUCCUUCCAUCGCUGCACCAAUCCCUGUAGUGACUUCAGGCUCUGGGUCGGGCUCCGCAGACUUUGGCUCAGGGUCGGCAGUUGAUGUCGUCUCUGGGGGCCACUCUGGAAAUAUGUCUGGUUCUGGAGAUAUGUCUGGUUCUGGAGACGAGUCUGUGUCUGGCUCUGGCUCUGGUUCUGGUUUUGGCUCUGGGCAAAGUGGACAAUUCUCCAGAAUGUCAUCUGGUUUUAUCACCAGCCAGGACUUUUCUGGGUCCAGCGGUAUUACAUCAGCACCCCCCUCAGGAAGCGGUAGUGGACAGUCAGGAGGCUUUUCAGGACGUGGAGACACUCAGAUCUUACUGAUAGACGAUGAACUGAUCGAAGCGUCCACAGCUGUUACCCACAAGGAGCACGAGCUGGGUGGAGGCCUUCUGGUGUUCAGUGGUUCUGGAGACAUGUCAGGAUCAGGGGUUGCCAGUGGUGAUCUCAGUGGCUCAGGUUCUGGAAGCGGUACUGAGUUCCUUUCUGGUGUGACCUUAGUGGGAUCAGGGUUUACAGAACUCACAGCGUCGGCCUCCGGAGAGCAGGAGCAGGAGGCCUCUGGGGUUUUAGUCUACAGCUCCGGAGAGGGAAGUGGGGAACAUUUGUCUGGAUUCGGAAGCUCAAGUUUUCUGUCUGGGUCUGGAUCAGGAAUGUCUAGCUCAGGAAUGUCUGGAUCCGAGUCCUCUGCAAGCGGAGAAGAAGGCAGUGUUACAUUCCUGACUGGAGAUAUUAUGACGAAGACGGUUGGAGAGACGACACUGUCAAUGGAGCUCGGACAGACAUCGGUAGAGUACCUUGGAGAAGGAAGCGGUAGCGGCAGUGGAUUUUACUCUGGUAGCGGAGAUGCCGGCACCAUGUUUUCAAGAGCGGCUUCUGGAGAUCAGGUAGUUCUGCCUUCUCCGUCCAGCAAACUGGCACUGACAGAGAACAUCACGGAACCAGAAGAGGCCUUUAAUCGGACUGAACUCUCGGAGACUCCUGGUGACAUCAGCAUGCGCACCAGCCCUGUUCUUAUACCUGCUGGACUGUCUUCUCCUCCUGUAUCGACUACACCAGCCUCCGUACAGCCACCAGGCAUUACAGAAGGCGGCGUUAACCUUUGUGAACCCAACCCCUGUGGAAAUGUUUCGUGCACAGUAGAGGAUGGAGUUGCGGUCUGUGAUGAGGAGCUGCCGUGUGAAGACGGCUGGACUCAGUUUCAGGGGAGCUGCUACCUGCACUUCUCUGACAGAGAGACGUGGCUGGACGCCGAGCAGCGCUGCCGAGACCUGAAGGCCCACCUGGUCAGCAUCGAGACACCCGAGGAGCAGGACUUUGUCAACUCUAACGCUCAGGACUACCAGUGGAUCGGACUGAAUGACAAGACAGUAGAGGACGACUUCAGGUGGACAGACGGGACGCCGGUGCAAUACGAGAACUGGAGGCCGAACCAGCCGGACAACUACUUUAACUCCGGAGAGGACUGUGUGGUGAUGAUCUGGCACGAGGGCGGCCAGUGGAACGACGUUCCCUGUAACUACCACCUUCCGUUCACCUGCAAGAAAGGCUCAGUGUCUUGCGGAGACCCGCCGGAGGUAGAAAACGCUCGUAUGUUUGGUAAGAAGAAGCUGGAUUAUCCCAUCAACUCCAUCAUCCGCUACCAGUGUAACCCAGGAUUCAGACAGCGUUACCCACCGGUGGUUCGCUGUCGAGCCAACGGACAGUGGGAGAAACCCCAAAUGGAAUGCACUGAUGUGAAAUCCAGAAAAAGAAUAAAGCAGCAGUAGUCCAGCAGCAACCAUCACUAAGAAGCAAGAAAAACAGAGGAAUUUAUUGUUUGAAAAGGACAUUCAUAGCACACAAAAAUCCUUUUUCUAUUGUAGUGAUCUGCUGGAAGGCCCACCUGAAGGGUGCUACAUCAUGGUAAUGUGACUUUUUGUCUGUCCUGUCCCCUGAACCUCCUAAUAUAUUUUAAAUAUCUAUGAUAAUUUUAUUGCUCUGAGUUUAUUUUGUGUGUUGUACUAUGUAUUUUGUUUGGUGAAAUCGUUGCUGGGAUUCUUUUGUUUUACAUUGAGAGCGUCUGUCCUGGUUGGCUGUAGUCGACGGAGGCUGGUGGAUGUUGUAGAAGCUGGUUCAUGAAGUCAGGUACCAAUCAGUCAUAAGUUUGCUUUUUGUAACGUCUGCUGGAAGAAAAGCACAGCGAAGGAGGAUUAAAGCUCCACCUCUGGCAACGUUAAAGGGAAAAUGUCCUUUUGAAAGUUCACGUCCAUCAUCCCUGCUGGUUUCUGCUCUAUCAGACGAGUUGAGGGCCUCGUUUUCCUCCUUCAGAAGAAACACUUUGCUGCUGUUUGUUCCUGUAAUGCAGCAUGAAAAUUAAUAAUCCAACAUUAGGAAGCACUGUGUAACUUCCUGUAGGACUGGUUCUAGCUUUUUAGGGGCCUAAUUCCUAAUUACUUGUGAAUACACACCAAAUUUGCAUCUUUUUCAAGGUAAAAGAGGCCAAAUAUUAACACAUAAGGGACCUUUAUUUUUGUAAUUUGAGAAACUUUGCUGCAGUAUUAACAUCAAAACAAACACGGAAAUUCUAAAAUACGAGCCAAUAAAAUACUGUAUUUGAAACAAAUUGAUGUUAUGAUGAUUGACAUUGACAUUAACACAUUUUAUUUAUUUAUUUUGACCAGUUUUGUUAGUUUCAUUCUACUGAAGCAUAACACAUUGUUGACAUUUUUUGUUCAUCAAAUGUGAGGGAAAUGCUUGUAUUUCUGUCCGACUCAUUACCUUUCACUGUAUGGGGAUACAUCAUGCUUACCUUCAUGCAUAGUCAUCCCCCAAAAGGCCCAUUCUGAUGGUAGGAAACCCCUAAAACACAUCAUGAUUUAUGUGGUAAACAAAAAAGUGUUUAUUUCCAGUUAACAAGUGUUGGAAGUUAACUGGUGGAACGUCUUGGGUUUUUUAAAAUUGUAUUUAAGACUGAGGCAGUGUGAGGAAAUAGUCUUAAUCACCUGCUCCAUGCAUAUCAGGCCAAGAACUGGUCAAAAAUGCUGAAAGAACUCACAUUUUUUUGCACUUUUUGUUUGCUACAUGAAUCCAUAUGUGUUAUUUUAUAGCUUUCAUGUCUUCAGUUUUGUUGAAACAGUUGAAACCAGCAACAAUAAGGAAGAAAAAUACUGUACUGUCAACAUUUUGUACACGUUUUCCACAUGAUUGAAUGACUGCACAGCUCUCAAGUUGCUGUAUUCUGUUUGAUAAAUGGUAAAAAAUAAUGAACUCCCUUGAUGAUAAUCUUCAGUAGGUCAUAUUUAAGUGAAACUGAAACGUCAUUAUGAAGAUACAACCUUUUAUUAGUUGACUGAGUCUCUUCUGGACUGAACCAAGGAUUUUUUUUUUCUUUCUUCAGCUUCGGUACCGUUCUGUUCUCUGAAAUCACAGCAGCAUCAGCAACACACUUCUACUGACUCCUGUUUCCCAUUUAGACGAUGAUAAUGUCGGUUUGUCAGCUUUUCUGUGUCCAGUCACUGACCGUCGUCCACUGAAGCUGUGCAGUGCGGAGUUUAUCUGUGGACGAAGCUCAGUGAUUUCAGAAGAAACAACUGCUGUAAACAUUACAGUGUUUUAUUUGUUUUUGUUUUUGUUUGUUUCUCCGACUUUGACUGCUUCCAUGUGUGCACUUGUUUUAUGUCGUUGUUGCUGUGUGUGGGGGCUGUGCCUCUGUCAGACGUGAUGUCACCGGCUGCAUAAUAAACCAAAGACUGACUAAUUCACUUUCAAAGCUG